AUGAAAAUUCAUCGAUCGAAAUCAAAAAAAGAUCUAUCAGUAUCACCGAUUGAUUGUAAAUUAUUUAUUGAUAAAUUAAAAAAUUGCGAUCGAACAGAUCUUCAUGAGUUAUUAAAAUCAAUAACUAUUUGGCAUCUUGGAAAGUGUAGACUGUAUGAUUGGAUUGAUGCAUUGGAUUUAUUCGAUGCAAUUCUAGAAGAAGCUUGUAUAAAAUCUGGGACAUGGAUGCUCAAUUGUGACAAAUCAGAAAAUGAAGAGUUAAAAAUCUUGGUACUUGAUAUUCUUCGUUUUACUGUAUUAUUAAUUGAACAUUCAUAUUCUCGUGAUUUGUAUAAUUCCAUUGAAUAUUUAACUAUGUUAUUACAAUCAUCUGAUGUAAAUAUUGUACUUGGUGUUCUUUCACUUCUAUAUGUAUUCAGCAAACGUUCAAACUUUAUCACAGGACUUCAACUUGAUAAAAAACAAGCAUUAAUUGAGCGAAUUACAUUCUUAGCGGAAACUUGGGGUGGACGUGAGUAUGGUUUCAAUUUAGCUCGUUGUUGUACUGUUCGAAACCCUUCAGAAUUUCCCGAUCAUGCAACAAAUCUACAUUUUGCAUAUACAGUUCCUUCUGAAUCAUCAUCAGCAAUAAAUGAUCCAACAAUUCAAACUCCUAAACAAAUAGAAAUUCCAAAUGUUCAUUUAGCUGGACCAAAUGCUGCUGCUGUUAUGGAAAUAGUUCUUGCUCAACAUACAUUACCUGAAGAUAAACAAAUGAAAUUAUUCACUCAUCUUCGUUUAGCUUAUGCAUUUCCAUCAUUUGAUCAACGAUUACUAUGUAUACAAGCACGUUUACAAGCUUUAUCUAUUCUAGUUUAUUCUGGAGCAAUACAAGACACAAAUAAUAUUUUAUAUGAUGGUUUAAUUGAAGAACUUGUUGAUGUAUUCUAUGUUCAAGAUUCAACAUUAACAGAUGUAAAAGCAUCCGUUUUGACAACUUUAACAUCAGUAAUUCAUUUUGAACAAGCAACAAAAUAUCCACCACGUUUACAAGAAAUAAUUAAAGCAACACAAGUAAAUUCUUAUCAUGGAUUUUUACCAACACUUGUACGACAAUGUAUUGAUAAAUUAACUGAUGAUAGUAAUGAAAGAUUUUCUCAAUCAUUAUCAACAGCAUUAUUUUCAUUUCUUUAUCAUUUGGCAUCACAUGAAAAAGGUGGUAAUGCAUUAGUUAAGUGUAGUAUAAUGCAAUCAUUAAUUAAAGUUGUUAAUCAUUAUAAUGAAUCUCAAGAUUCAAUCAUGUUUGUUACAAGAGCUGUACGUGUUAUUGAUUUAAUAACAACAUUAGAUAUGGCAUCGUCUCAAACAAAUAAUGGUUUACAAGCAUUUAUAAAUCGUUUAGAGGUAUGUUUAUUUAUUUGAAUUGUUCUAGUCAUAGAAAAAUAUCAGGUCACAUGUACAAGCUCCGAUCGAAGCAUUUCUAUGAUAAUACAGUGAUUAGAAGUGUCAAUGUGUGAGCAAUAAUAUUCACUUGAAAAG